GAAAAAAACUAACCUGCAAAGUGUUAAAUUACCUGUGUCUUGCAAUAAACUCCUAUAUUUAAACAAUUAAAAUACCUCAGUAAAUAUAAGAAAAAAUAUAAGAAAAAUAUGAGCAAUAAUUAGUUUUUAAAUUAAUAAUUUAUUAAUUAAUUAAAUGACUGAUUCCCAUAAAUAUUCAAACCAGCGCGCUUUAAUUAAAUAUACAAACAUCUGGGUGAUGUAAUAAAUGAAAAAUAAAAUAAUAUAAAUAAUUUUUUAACAAUGGAAAUAAUAAUUAGGCGGACUUCAAUAAUAAAUAGUAUUUUAUUUAAGUCAUUUAGUAAUCUACGGACUUUGUCAAGUAAUUCAGUGUGUCCAUGUGACCCCACGAAGUGGAAUUUUUUAAAUUACAAUAGUAAAAUACACUAUAGGACUUUUACAAAAGAUUUUUUACCAAUUUCAUCAUUAGAUUUAUUAACGAACGUAAAAUCUGUAAAUUCAAAUAACAAUGAAUUGUUUAAAAAGUUUAGUAAUAAUGUUGAUAAAAAAAAAGACGAAGUGCCAGGAACUGAUGUAAACAAAGGGACGAGUCAGGACGAGCCGGCAAUAGGAGUAGGAUUAGAGAAAAAAAAUGUGUUUCAAAAAAUGAAACAGUUGUUUAAAGACUACUGGUACAUUAUGGCACCAGUACACAUUGCGACAUCCACAUGUUGGGUUAUUAUUUUUUAUAUUGCAGCUAAAAACGGCGUUGAUGUGAUUCCUAUUAUGGAGUAUUUAAUGAUACCUGAAAAAUACAUUAAUUUAAUUGAAAAUUCCGGUGCUGGUCAUUGGGCUGUUGUUUAUGCGCUAUAUAAAUUGGCGACACCGAUAAGAUAUACUGUCACCGUAGGAGGAACAACGAUGGCCAUUAGAUAUUUAGACAAAAUGGGAUAUUUAAAAUUCAAACGACCGUCAUCAGAGAAUAUUCGUAAGCCAUCUAAUAGGCAACGUCAUCAAGCAAGUGCAGCAACGCGCUCAAAAAAAAUUCUGACGCAAUCAAUUCCAAAGUUGGCGCAAAACGAUAAAGAGAAAGUCAUUAAUAAAAUUUAAUUAUUAAUGUUAUAUUUAUUUAUGUGUAAAUUUAAGUAUAAAGUAAAUAAGUGAAAACGUAUAAAUGUAAAAAAAAUAAUUAUUAAUUAAUAAAAUAUGUGAAUAUGUUUAAUA